AUGACUUCUGCAGUGACAGGGAAUGUGUUAGACAGUUUAAGUGAUCUGAACUUACUCGUUAAUGCGAACUUGAGCGAGGCUCUUGAGUUUGGCGCGGACUUGGACAAUAUAUUGUUUCAGCCUGAAAAAGUGUUGAUUGGACUCUAUGUGCCGUUGAUUUUAUUAUCUCUAAUUACAAACGUCCUGCUGAUAGUAGUGGCCGUGAAAUGUCAUUAUACGAAAUCUGUCACGAACAUCUUCUUGGUGAACCUCUCAGUGGCGGACUUGCUGGUGACGGGGCUAUGUAUGCCCAUCCAGCUCAGCAAGGCUAUUACGCUGGUAUGGUUCUACGGACAGACAGUAUGCAAGAUCGUCAACUACAUACAGGGAGUAGCCGUGGCAGCAAGCGUCUUCACCCUCACGGCGAUGUCAGUGGACCGCUGGAUCUCCAUCUCGCCAGAGCCUCGCCUGCGGCCUCCAGGGCGGAAGCAGGCUUUGCUUAUCCUCGCUGGUCUUUGGUUUGUGGCUCUGCUGAUCUUUUUCCCACUCCUCCUUGUGGCCUCUGUGAGGAAAGAGUCGGUGCCUAUUAUCUCUAAGGCAUAUCGAAAUAUUUCGAUAGAAAAUAAAGAAGUGCACUUCUGUACAGAAGAAUGGCCAAGCAUGGAAGGUAGGAAGCAGUUUGGCACUCUCAGCUUCACUUUGGUUUACGCAAUACCUGGCUCAAUCACAAUUCUGUCGUACGUGUUUAUGGGGCGGACGCUGUGUUCGGUGCGACCACCCUUCGACAUUUACGAGGGAAACAUUAGCAUGCAACAGGGUUUAAGACUGAUGAAGGAGAGGAAACGCGUCGCCUGGAUCUUGCUGCUGUUGGCGGUGCUGUUCGCACUUUGCUGGAUGCCGUAUAACAUCAUGCAGCUACUGCUGGACAUCAAUCUGGUCAACGCCAAGGACUUGAGCAUGUACCUGCCCUACGCGUUAUUUGUUGGUCACGCCAACUCUGCGAUCAACCCCAUUGUAUACUGCUUGAUGACGAAGAACUUCCAGCGGUCAGUGCACAAGCUGCUCUGCGGACGAGCACUAUGCCAACAGACAAAAUUUACGUGGCGAUGCACCCAGAAGCCCGACGGGUCUUCAAGUGAUUACGAACUUUAUCACGAACCACACAAACGGUGCUAUUUGCAUAUGACCGUACUACGACCCAAUGGCCACACACACGGCACGCCAACAGCUAGAGGCCUGGAGAUGCGCGCGACAUCGCAACUAAGCCACGUGACGCGAUCGUCGCGCCGCACCGCGCCUGCGCACGCCUUGUCCGUUGAGAUGCUGCAGAGGCACGGCCAUAUUGAUUAUAAGCGAUGA